GGAGCAUUUGAACGCACCAUCACUACAGUUAGCCUUGUGCCGGUGGAAGUCCAUCGACUAGUCCGGUAGAGAUUCAAUAAACUUAGUGAAAAAUAUAAGAUAUGUACUAUGUCAUUGAUAUUAAACGACCCCAAACAGCUGUAUAGAACUGAAACCUGAAGUCUAGAAACUGGGUGACAGGUUUAAAACAAAAACUCGACCUCAAGGAGGUUGGACGCUAACGUUAGCUAACGAUGAGUGUAGCUUUGGAGCUAAUCUGAGCUCACAGCAGGAUCAGGAUCUUUGGGUUUAACGCUAAUAGGGGGUCAAAUGGCCGCGAACCGGAGCACCAGAUCCUCACAGUCUGGACUGCUGUAAAGGUGAGUGUUCACCUCAAACCAGACACACAAGGUCCUUUUUCAAAGCUAACUGUUAGCCCGCGGUGUGUGGAGAAACGACCCGUCUGUAAGGUCUGUGAAUGCAUCACCUGUUCAGGUAAAGAGGUUCAAUUCAGACAAAUUCAACUUUAAUAUCAUAAAAUAAGAGUGAUAAUUGUUUUUAAAACUGUCAAAGAUGAUAGCAGUCUGACAGCUGAAUCUGAAACCUUUUGUAAAUACAGUUAAUUAUGUCCUUCAGGGGUGAACAGAAGAUUUAUUUACAGGUUUGUUUUAGUUAUUUACACAUUUUACAAGCAAAGACAAACAAGUAAAGGUAAGCACAAUGAGUUAAGCUGACUAAAGAGAAGAAUCAAAGAUGCUAUAAAGUUAAAUCAAAUCAGAUCUUGAUGAUAUUAAAAGCAAAACGUACCCUUUUAAUCUUGCUUUUAACUUAUUUUAUAUCAUUAACUUUAAGUGUUUUAGCAUUUAUCUCUUCUAGUUUUAAUGACAGGAUCGUCUUUUAUUGAGUUAUUUUGGUGUUCUUGUUUUAGUAUCUUUUACUGUUGUUUUUAUUUCAUUUCAUUUAUUAUUUCUUAAAUUUUAUUUUAUUGUGCUUUUGGUGAAACAAACUUCCAGAGGGUCUGAGACAAGCUACAAAUAUAAAAAUCUUUAACCUAAAAACUCAUCUGUUUAGCCUGGCUUUUAUGUAAAGCUUCAUUAUUUUAAUUACUAUUAUAAUUUAUUUAUUUUUUAGCAUCACUUUUUACCUUAUUUAAUUAAUAAAUUCAAGUUUAUAUUUAUUGUCUGUUUUCGUCUAUUUUAAUAACUUUUAUUUUUCUUGUCCUGAUGUAAAACACUUUGAGCUGCGAUUUCAUUUAUGAACAGUGCUAUAUAAAUAAACUUUGAUUGAUUGAUUAAUUAAAGUUUAAUUUUAUGUCACUUUGUUCUUAGAUUUUAACCUAAACCUCCAGUGUUUCUUUAUCUUGAGUUUCAAAAUAGCAUUUCCUCAGUGUGCACAUUCCUGUUUCCACUAAGUCAAGCCCUUUUAAGUUUAUGCAAUUUAAAACUGUUUCUGUUGCGUUUAGAUCGUGGGGUGGAAAUGAGGGGUUGGGUUAGGGUAGACUUGGGUAUUCUUUGUUUGUUUUUUUCUUGGGUUGGGGUAGAUUUGGGUAUUCUUUGUUUUUCUUCCUGAGUUGGGGUAGACUUGGGUAUUCUUUGUUUUAUUCCUGGGUUGGGGUAGAUUUGGGUAUUCAUUGUUUGUAUAUUCCUGGGUUGGGGGAGAUUUGUGUAUUCUUUGUUUUUUUUAUUUUUGGGUUUGGGUAGAUUUGGGUAUUUUUUGUUUGUUUUAUUCCUGGGUUGGGGUAGAUUUGUGUACUCUUUGUUUCUUUUAUACCUUUUCAGUGUAAAGCACUUUGUUCUACAUGGUUGUGUAUGAAAAGUGCUAUAUAAAUAAAGACUGAUUGUUUGAAAUUUAUUUAGAUGAGAAACUAUUCUUAAAUCCAGUCUUAUAUAGAUUUUGUAUUAGUAAGUACAAAUGUGUCCUAUAAUUGGGCUCUCAAUGAGUAUCUUUCUCUGUUUCCAGGAUGCUCCAGGGUCCGUACAGCAGCCUGGACCGGGACCGGCCCCUCAUCCGGCUCCAGUUUACCAGCUUUGCCGUGGGGACGGUCCUGCUCCCUCUGACCGGACUCAUCGCCUGCCUCUUCAUCUCGCUGGUGUACCACUCUGAGGACUCCACGUUCACACACUGUCGAGUAUGUAAAACUGUUCCAGACAACUGAACUUACGCCAAGGUGCAGUUUGGAUUUUACUCACACUGACUUUACGUACAUUCACAUACACAUACAUUCACAUACAACAUUAGACAGGUGCAUGGUCAGUAAAUUAUCAGUAAACUGACAUAUUGUUCCAGCAUUUUGCUCCCUCAUGUGGCCUUCGUAAGUAAUAAAACACUUUAUUCAGCUGAAAUUUGGCAAAAACAAGAUGAGGUUCUUCUAUAAAAAAUAAGUUCUUAUUUAAUGUGGUAUUUUGCAUUUGAGUGGGUCAGAAUACCAUCCAUACCAGCUCCUUACCUCAUAAUAAUCCGAGGCUGGAAAUACGCCACGUUGUGGGAAUUAAAGCUGAUUUUUGAGCCUCAGGACUGACCUUGAUGCUCCAUCUCACUUUAUUUGUGAUCACGAAGGAACGAGGAUGAUCAUGGCCUGAUGAACCACUCUUGACCUGAUGAAUUUCUGGCAUGUUAAAUUUUGGUCAUUGAACAGUGUGUUGUCAGAAUCAGAAUCAGCUUUAUUGGCCAAGUAUGUGUACACCUACAAGGAGUUUGACUCCGGUGAACUUUUCCCUCUUUGCACUCUAACAGUAGUGCUUUCAAAUAUUUAUGCACAAAUUUUACAUUUACAUAUACAUACAUGAUCUCCAUGGCGCCAUUAUGUCUAGGACGCACUUUCAGAAUAAAUGCCUGAAGCGCCGCUUAAGGCAGUCUGAAAACUCUAACUUGAUAAGCACUCAGUGAAAUGAAGAGUAUGAAUGAGCCCCGCCGUCAGGAGGACAUGGAGCUCAUAUCAUGUUGAUGUACAUGAAGUGCAUUUGUUCUGGUGGCAGACAGUCACUGUGGGAUAACGUGAAAAGAAACAAUGUGUGGAGGUUGAUUUUAGCUUUUCAAAUAUCGACUCUGAUUAUCGUUCACACGUAAAAUCAGCUGUGGGAUCAAAUGUAAUCCAACACAUCAAUAAACACUUCUUAAGUUUGACUUUUGAGAACUGUCUUCAUUUGGAGUCAGUGUUAUUUUCUGUUUGGGGGAAUUUUUAAAGGAAACUUUAUCGAUACGUCCAGUUUGAACUUUGUGUUUUUCUCUUUCAGGAGUUUACCUGGAUUACCUCGGCUACCUCAGAUUGUUAGAUUAUUUAAGAAGAAAAACUUCCAUCACGACAGAGUAAUAAAAUAAAUCUGUUUUUCUUCCCCAGGUGUCAAACUACCUCCCGUCCAUCAGUGCCGCCAUCAGCCUGGUGCCGGAGCGCUACAUCUGGCGCUGCUGCAUCGGCCUGCACUCGGCGCCGCGCUACUUGGUGGCCGCUGCCUACUUCCGCUUCUACCGCGGCCGCUUUGAGAGGCUGCUGGAGCUGCUGCUAAGCGUUCUCGCUCUCCUCUGCAGCCUCGCCGAGAACACCGGCCUGCUGCUGCUCACCUACGUGUCAUCCACGGAAACCUACAGUGAGUAACAACCGCCGCCAGAGACAAGCUGACACAAGUCUAAUUUGUUGUUUUUCUGGAACGUAUGACACACAUUUUUAUUCGUUAUAAUUAAAGAUAUAAAAAAAUCACAUAAUCAUAACACAAUGACCCGACAAACUUCACAGGAACAGAAAGAGUCAAAUAACUGUUGAUUCAUCAUCUCAGUUUUCAAACUUGACUGACUUUAAAAUGAAGAGCUGUAUUUCAAAAAGAAGAAAGUGAUCAAACUGCGUCUUUGUGUUUCUGCAGGUAUUCAUAAAAACGCUUUCAUCGUGUUCAUCGGCAGCUCACUGCUGCACAUGCUCAUUACCUGCAGACUGUGGCAGGUGAUCAGGAGACACUAUGUGAACCCAGAGGUGAGCAAAGAGCUGUCUGAAAUAUAGGUUAAAGUUUAAGGUCAUUGUGUGUGUCGACCUGCAGGGGGUGCUGCAGGGUCACAAAUCUGUCAACACAAAGUGAGUCAUUGGAUCCAGACUUACCGUGAGACACAGGGACGGGGUUUAGGAGGGGCUGCUGGUCCCUGAAGGAUGUUAGCGAGGGAUGUAUUGGACAAUUCAAUCCAUAUGUGCACUCUGUAAAUCAGGAGAUGUGAAAUUUGACUCGGAAUGGUCGACUUCCUGUUGGGACUAGAGGACAGAUCCAAGAUGAUUUUUGUAGGUCGUAGGGGGAGAGCAGAACCUCAAAUCUGCAAUCAUUCAGGCGAAAAGCUGGAAAACCAUCUGUAGUUCAUGUCUGAGCUCAUUUUGUGGGAAACACUGUAUUCAAACUGCGCAUGUCUGCCUCAGGAAGUGACGUCAUACCGCUGGAAGCUGCGUCUCUUUCUUUUCAACAUCAGCUGUUGCGCGGCUGCUGCCUACUUCUUCAGACGCCACAAUAAGUACUGCGAGGCUGGAGGUGAGUGUUGGCGUCCCAUCGAUGGUUCACAGGAUCCUGAUGGUCCUCAGGUGUCCUCAGGUGUUCACUUCUGUCUGUCCUCUCCUCUCUGCAGUCUACACCCUGUUCGCCCUCUGUGAGUACCUGGUCGUCUUCUCCAACAUGGCCUUCCACAUGACCGCCUUCUGGGACUUUGGGAGCAAAGAGGUCAUUGUGGCCACGCCCCCUGAGGGAAAGAGAUACUAACCUGUGGACUUUUGAAAGACAGGUGAAAAGAAACGCACCAACAGGACGCCUGGACUUUUAUAUCGAACAGGAUGUGAAGACAUGAAGGCGUCAUGUCCGUAAUGUUAGAACUGAUACUGAUGCCUUUAAUCCUCACUGCAGGUGAGACGACACUCUGAUCAUUCCAAACACACCUGUGUGCUUCUGACUGUUAACAAGGUGGUACAGUUGGCGGAGAAUGAGCUCGUCCUGCAGCAGUGAAACAGGCUGUAAAAUAAUCUUUCUCUGUCCAUGAAACGUCUACGUUUUUGUUAGAGACGUGAAUUUUUUUCGUCGAAUGGUAGGGGAAGGUCCCGCCUCCUCCGAUGGUUAUUCCUUAUGGUUGUGAAACGUCAUCACACGCUUAAGCCGAGCGCGGGCUGUCGGCAUUGUACAUCGAACAGAACAUUACAGAACAUUAUCGCAAUUCUUAAUCUGCUAACCGUAACCCGAUAGACGGUGAUGUUUCACAGCCAUAAGGAACAAUCAAUCGGAGCCCGGCACUUCUAGCCAAUCAGAGGUGUAGGAGGCGGGACCUUCCCAUACCAUCCUAUGAAAAAAAAUAAUGUGUCAGAGACAGGCUCAGACUGUUGAUCAAAGUGUCUUAUAACAAACCAGAGAGGACCCCGACUGAGAGACCUUUUUGACCCUCUCUAGACCUUUUCCUGAGUGGAGACACUUAGAAAGUUUGAGCCAUUUCGAUCCAGAAAUGUUGAGCAUAGAGCUAGUUCAGACCGGCCUUAGUCCAGCUCAGCCUGCUGUGCUUCAGUUGAUCUUGACACAAGCCCAUAUCAGCUAACAACUGAGCCAGUUACCUUCUACACAUCCUGCUUUAGCCUGCCUACUUUUCCUGCUUCCUCUGCAACCCUCGUCCACCUUCUUAUGCCGAGUCUAAUUUGACCAGGGUCAUGUAUAUCAUCAGUGUAGCCUGCUUACUUUUGAACCCCACACUAGGAAGUUCAAGAAGCCCACAAAUCAGAGCAGAGACACAACUUAAGGGAAAAAAAUUAUCAGAGAAAAAGAGCCGACUUCUCUAUACUUCAACUGUUCGACAAAUUCCUGCCCAGUCCAAUCAGCAGCUUGAAGGUAUUUACUCCAAAAAAAGAAGUGAAAUUCAGGCCUCCAGAUGUGUCUAUGAGAUAAACACCAACCCCCCCAGAAGAGCACCUGUCAGAUCUGUUUGCGGUGAGUUUCAGUUUCAGCGUUGAUAGGGCUCUACUCUGGCUCACCUUGACGUAUGACCUGGAAAAGAAGCAGUCAUUCCUGUGGUUAAAAUGCAGUAAAUUAAGCUUAAAUCUGCCCAAUUAACACAACUAUGAAAAGUUUUAAUUGACUGUAAAUAGUAAGUAACACAAAAGCUUCACUCUUUAGAGGUAUAAACCUGAUAAAACCUGCUUUAGUUUCCUCCUGCUUUUGCUCUCCAUACAGACUGUAAAUCCUGCUGAUUCCUGAUUGGUCAGUACUUCUAAGACUUCAAGCUAGUUAGACUUCAGGCGAGUGUUGAUACAGAGUGAGAAAAGGGUCUCGUAUGUCACGUACUUUUGACCCCCUUCUUGAGAACGUCUCUGCUGGUUUCUGUCACUUGUGAGCUGUGAGCGCUGCACAAGUCGUUUCCUCUUGUCAGCAUGGUGUGAUGGUUACUCAUCAGCUAAACUGGAUUCACAUGUUUGCUGUGACAUCCUGACAGCAAACACUCAGGCAGAUGAGCAGAGCUUUUGUUCAGGUCAGAAAACAUCUGACUGCUGCUCUGUGGAGCUGAGAGAUCGAUCUUCGAUGAAUGAGGCCACUAACCCCGAAACAGCAGACUGACAAAAGCGAGAAUAUUCAGUAAACAACAAAAACUUUUUAAACUCUUUUUUUAGUCCAAAGAUCACAUAAAAAUACAUGUUUAUUCAGUCCUGCUCUAAAGUUGUAUAGUUUUUUUAAAGGAGAUUAAAUUUGGUUUACUCAUACAGCCGACAGGUGUACUGUGAAUCCUCAAAUCAAGAUCAAAUCCAGGAUCAUGAACUUUACUAGUGAAUAAAAACCAGCUCUGUGAUGCUAAUGGUAAGCCUUUCCACUCUCUGCUGCACAGAGCUGCACUGUGCACGCUAAUCCUGACAGAUAAAUUCAGUCCACAAACUCCAGUCCCUGGAGUGAGAGAGCAUUAGACUUAGCUCACAGGGAGGUAAACAACAACAACAGCACACUCUAGGCUCAUGGUCUCCAAACAGUCAAAGAUUGUCCCGAGGGAUGCGCCGGGGGAAAGUGUAUAUUUCUGUAAUCCAAAGGUUUAUCCUGUACGGUGGCCUUUGUAGGACAUUCUAGUCAUUUUAUCAGCCUUGUCGGAAACACUUAACUCAAAGCACAGUGAGGAUGAGUCCGUUUACAAGCUCGUAUCAGGUGGUUCACAUCCUUAUAAUGUGGAUAUCUACCAUGCCCAAAUUCUAAUGUUAGCAUGUUAAUGGUUAACGUGUUAGCAUUCUGCCAUCUUGUUUUUAACAAUGAUGUAAUCACACUCAUCAUGAUCCAGUCUGAGGAUUGUACAUGUGUGUUUAAUGUCUGGUGCUGUUAAAACACUCGAUUAUAAUAAACAAAAACAUUUUACACAUUUUUUUCAUUCUGUCAGUUUUGUGUCAUGGGUGAGCGUGGCUAAUUUUUUAAAAGCACUGAAAAAAACAGGAAAAGAUCUUGAAAGGGUCUCUUUCAUUGUUUGUCAUUUUCGCUCUGUGCUCUUAUUGGUCAAUGUCACUGAUGUUUGGAGUGAAUUGUUGGAGGCAAAGAGAAAAGUCAAACCUGAAGACGUUUCUCUGAAUGUCGUUCACUAUAACCAAGCCUAAAUAAUAAUUUUUUUAGAGCCGACUGUUGGACCAAACUGUAACCACACUUGAAUGUUGUAGUGUGACCCUGGCAUGAAAACACACCUAUCUACAUGAAAGUUCUACUCUGAGUCUUAGAGCUGCUGAUGUGUCUGUGUCCAGACUUCCUGGGUCAGAUUUAGGGCCCAAAACACAGAGACUUACCUAAAUUUGUCAUUUUCAAUAGACAAAAAUGGCUUUAUAACAUGGCAACAGAAGAGGAGACUUCUGGGAUGGCAUGUCUCAGAGCAUUGGGUUCCGGAAUGUUGGGUUUCAGAAUGUUGGGUUCCAGAAUGGUGGGUUACGGAAUGGUGGGUUCUAGAAGGAUGUGUUUUGGAAUGUUUAGUUCCAGAAUGGUGGGUUCCAGGAUGUUGGGUUCUAGAAUGUUGUGUUUUGGAAUGUCGGGUUCCUGAAUGGUGGGUUCCAGAAUGUUGGAUUCUAGAA